CCUUGAAGGGCUCUUGAGCUACCCUGUCUUACCUUGGACUGAAUCUGUCUCCCAUUUCCCUGGCGCUGUAUGAAGCAAGCAAACAUGAAAGUUUAUUUAGGGUAAUUGUUGCUGAUGUUACGCCUCAUUACUCUUGAUGUGACCAACACCAUCCUCAAGUUUCGAAAGCCUCCUGAGGAUCAGUAUGCUGCCAUUGGUCAACUAUAUGGUUUGAAACCAGAUCCUCAGAAACUAAAACAUGCAUUUGGAUUAUGCUACAAGAAACUUGAAGAGGAAACACCUAAUUUUGGAGCUGAAAGUAUUGGCUGGCAAAAUUGGUGGCUUUCAAUUGUAACUGAAACAUUUAGGAGAGCUGAGUGUCAUGCUGAGGAAAGCACACUAAAUGCUGUUGGCAACCACCUCAUCAAGCAUUUCUCAAGUUCUCAUGCAUAUGAGCUUCUUGAUGGGUCUAUACCUCUAUUAGAAAAGAUUAACAACAAAGCAAUAAAAAUUGGAACUAUAUCCAAUUUUGAUGAACGCCUGGAUGGCAUCCUUCUUCAGUUAGGUGUUAGGCAUUAUUUUGACUUUGUUAUUAAUUCAUAUAGUGCCAAAGCUGCUAAGCCAGAUCCUAAAAUCUUCCAGCAAGCUUUGACUCAUGCAGGCAAUGUCAGUCCAACUGAAGCUCUUCACAUAGGAGAUGACCUGUAUCGAGACUAUCUAGGAGCAAGGGCUUGUGGGUGGCAAAGUUAUUUGGUGUCUAGUGAUUAUCAGCAACUAUGUGAGGAAUUUGGUGUCACACCAGAUGAAGCCUCUAUGUUUACUUGUUUAAGAGAAUUGUUACCUGUAAUAGAACUUUCUACCAAACCUCUAAACACUUGUAAAGAAAUAUAGUAUAUUUCUUAAU